AUGGCGUCAGAGUUGGACCGGCUUGCGUGCUUCUGGGCCGGAUCUGGAACAAAACGGCCAACAAUAUAUAGACUUUUGAAUAGGACACAACGUGUGCAAUAUGAUGGGGCAAGUUGUUCAUUGACGCGUCUAUCGUAUCCCGUGGUGUCCACUGUUGACACUCGUUGGUCUAGCCUGGCUCGACAUUUGCUCCAGGCUGUGAAGAUGUCGACACCGCCGAACAACACCAACGAGAAGUUGGGUGUGGGCAGUGCUGAAGAGAUUCAUGAUGGUCCGAUCACAGUACCACUGUCCACAGAUGGCCCUGCGCCUUUGCAGAGUCGACAUCCCUUUUUCCGACGAACACUCUUUCAGAUUCUGGUCGUCGGCACCUGCGCCUUCUGCGCGCCGGGAAUAUGGAGUGCUAUGAACGGCCUGGGGGUCGGAGGUUCUCAGAGCCCGAAUCUCGUCAAUGCCGCCAACGCGCUCCUUUACGCUUUCAUGACUGUCACUUGUUUUGCUGGACCGUGGCUUACCAAUGCGAUCGGGUUCAGGUGGACCUUGGCCAUUGGUUCGCUAGGCUAUCCUCUUUACGCCGCAGGGCUGUACCUCAAUAAUCGCACUGGGGCCACGUGGCUGGUAUACUUCGGCGCUGUUACCUGCGGGAUUAGCGCCGGGUUCUUCUGGAGUGUUGAAGGUGCCAUUGCCACAGGAUACCCAGAGCAAAACAAGCGAGGACGAUACAUUGCAACUUGGUUCUCCUUUCGCAACUUCGGAAACAUUAUCGGAGGGGCCAUAUCGCUGGCGCUCAACCAUAAAACCAACCAUCGCGGAAAGGUUGGGUAUGAGACUUAUCAAGCAUUUAUCGCCAUCCAAUGCUUAGGCUUCUUCUCCGGCCUGUUGUUAUCGAAUCCUGACAAGGUGUGGCGGGACGAUGGCACCCGCCUCGAAGCCUCGAGGGGCAUUGCCUGGCGCACUGAACUCGUACAAAUGUGGCGGUUGAUUCGAAGCAAGGAGAUCUUGCUCUUGACACCAUUGUUCUGGUACUUCGGCUGGAUGCAGGCAUACCCUGGUACUUACCUGGCAAGAUACUUUACCGUUCGUUCGCGUGCGCUCGGAAGCUUCAUGUCGGCAGUCGUCGGCACUCUAGCCACCUGGCUGAGCGGUGUCCUCGUGGAUCUGCCAUGGUCGAAGAGCCGAAAGACUCGGGCCAUUGCCACGUGGGUCCUCAUUGCGGCAAUGAACAGUGGUACCUGGAUCUGGGCGGUAUAUAUUCAGAAUGAGUACCGCCACACAAACCCGGUCCUGGACUGGGCAGAUCAAGCCAGCUUCGGCCGGGGGUUUGGGCUGUACAUGUUUGAGCGGCUGAGUUUCGCAACGGUGGAGAAUUACAUCUACUGGUGCAUUGGCAAUCUCUCCGACUCACCGGGUGACCAGAUUCGCUAUAGCUCCCUGCUUCGAGGCAUCGAGACCGCGGGUGUUGCAGUAGGAUUUGGCGUCCAGGCCAUUCCAACGGCUCUGAUAGCUACGGCCAGCAUCAACACCGCACUUUGGUAUAUAGCACUCCCUUUCAGCUACUGGGCAACGAUUCAGGUCGUGCGCAAGUUUGAUAGGCUGGAGAAGGAGCGGGAGGAGGCGGCUGAAUCUGUUCAAGAAGUGGUGGUCAAAUGA